AUGCAACAGCGAUUUUCUGUGCAGAAAACUUGGAACAUCGCUUCUGUGUGAUGUGAACGAAUUCGCAAACCAUCCGCAAAGCAAAUUGAACGAAUUCAAUGCCAACGGGCUCGGUAACCAAGAAACUCCACGUUCAGCACUAGAUAUUUCCACAUCGUGUAAACCGUGGCUGUAUUCUAUAGACAGAAUCCGCGCAAUCGUUUCGCGUUCCCCGUGCUGUAAGAUUCGUACACGAUGCAGCUGAAGCAACGCGGCGGCGUAGUGCACUCGGCGACCGAAGACACUCUUGUAUCGCCCGGGAGCGGGUCGGUGGCGACCGAGUUCGGAUCCAUUACCGAUGGACCGUCGUCGGUGCCAGCGGCAACGGCGGUGGCCGGUGACGUCCCCGACGUGGAUGGCCCCGUUGAAAAGGUGCACAUGAAAAAGUCGCUCGGUUUGCUCGAGGGCGUCGCCAUCAUAUUGGGCAUUAUCCUUGGAUCCGGGAUCUUCAUUUCGCCCAAGGGUGUCCUGCAGGAGGUUGGUUCCGUCGGCACGUCGCUCGUGAUCUGGGUUCUGUGCGGUGUCCUCUCGAUGAUUGGCGCCCUGUGCUAUGCCGAGCUCGGUACGGCCAUUCCCAAGUCCGGCGGUGAUUACGCCUACAUCUACGAGGCUUACGGUCCACUGCCGGCGUUUCUCUAUCUCUGGGAUGCGACGGUGAUAUUCGUUCCGAGUACCAACGCUAUCAUGGCCUUAACGUUCGCCAGCUACGUCUUCCAGCCACUGUUUGCCGCCGGCUGCUCGGUUCCGACGCUCGGAUUGCAGUUGUUUGCCGCGGUCACUAUCUGCGCCCUCACCUACAUCAACGCCUACGACGUGCGGGUGACGACCAAGAUGCAGAACGUGUUCAUGUUCACCAAGAUUGGUGCCUUGGUGUUGGUGGUAAUUGUCGGGGUCGCCUGGAUGCUGCUGGCCGAGGGCGGUAUGGACAAUUUCGAGAACGCGUUCGACGGCACGGAAACCGAUCCGGGCAAGAUGUCCGUUGCGUUCUAUUCGGGCAUCUUUUCCUAUGCCGGCUGGAACUACCUCAACUUCAUGACCGAGGAACUACGCGAUCCGUUUAUUAACUUGCCGCGAGCGAUUUACAUUUCCCUGCCGCUGGUAACGGCUAUCUACGCGCUGGCCAACAUGGCGUACGUGGCCGUUCUGAGCCCACAAGCCAUUCUAGCCUCGGACGCCAUUGCCGUGACGUUCGCCCAGCGUGCCAUGGGCUAUGGUGCGUUCGUGAUGCCCAUCCUGGUGGCCAUCGCGGCUUUCGGAGGGCUUUCGGUGCACAUUAUGACCUCAUCCCGCAUGUGCUUUGUCGGGGCUCGCAAUGGCCACAUGCCCGAGAUAUUGUCCCAUAUCAAUGUCAACCGCCUUACACCGAUGCCGUCUCUCGUGUUUCUGUGUGUACUGUCGCUGCUGUAUUUGUUCAUCAGCGAUGUGUACGUCCUUAUCACCUACAGCAGCAUCGUGGAAACGUUCUUCAUCAUGCUGUCCGUUAGCGCGGUUCUGUAUUUCCGCUACACGCGCCCCGAUAUCCAUCGGCCGAUCCGGGUUCCGCUCUGGGUGCCGACGUUGUUCGUCAUUAUUUGUGCAUUUUUGCUGAUCGUUCCGUGCUAUGUUGCGCCGUACGAGGUCGGUAUGGGCGUCGCGCUAACAGUGGCCGGCAUACCCGUGUACUAUAUUGGCGUCGCGUGGCAAAAUAAGCCGAAAGCGUUCAAAGAUGCGGUGGCGAGGACAACGCAAUUCUUCCAGAAAAUGUUGAUGACGGCCAAGGAAGAUGUUGAUGUUGACGAGUGAACUAUGGGCAUUGGUGACUAAAAUUAGCCCACAUUUGCCAGGUUUCGGAGUUUGAGAGCGAAGGUUGUAUGAACUUAAGGCUAUGGCGGAGGUUACUUACAUCGGAGACGUUUGACAAUAGUUUUUUUUUUCUUACCAACACGGAAGAUGAGUAACGUUAAACACGCGUAAUCGAAUUUCACUGCACUUCCACAUUGCUCCUCGUUAUUUUGUAAAGGUCAUUAAAAACGCUUGAAAAAUCCUAGGUUGAACCAUCGAUUCGAUACGCAAUUCGGAGUCUAAGGAAUCCCUGCUUCGAUUGAAUGCGCGGUUUUAACGAUUUCUGUUUAAAUGUUCGUUUUUGUACAAAUUUUUAAUUUAUCGUUUAUUUGCCAUAUGUUUCCAGUUUUUAUAAUUUUUUACACUAAACCCAAGAAUCUCAUUUCAAAUUACUCGUUACCAUACCAUACAAAUUAUAUAUCUUUAGAGACAAUCCUUCGGAAGAUGGUUUUUAAUCGAUAUUUAAUAAUUCUAGUGUUGACGAAUCCAAUCUCAAUGACAAUCGUUCCACGACACAUUUUAGUUUGCAGUGUUCUUUUAUUGAUGCUUCAAGUUCUGAAACAGUUGCUGGCAUUCCGCUCGAAUGUUUAGUUAUCGCUUUUAAUGACUGCAUAUAUACGUGUGUUUAAGUUUACGCAUUUAUGUGAUCCCAUUGAUUCUAAAACAAAGCACAUCGCCUCAAUCAUCAUCUUAGUUGAUAAGACCGACUCACGGGGUUUACAUCUUUACAUGUUCCAACCGUGGUGCUCAUAAAAUUCUCCCAGCAAGUCCCCUCCGCGUCACCGUUUCCAAAUUGUUUCCAAAUGGUUUCAAAUCCAACUUUGUUAGGUCUUAUAUAAAAAUUUAUGUGACAUUUGUUUUUCAAUUUCAUACACUCGACUAGGCUACAUCCGAUCACAUACUGUAUUUAGUCUUAAUUUACCACUGUAAGGACGAAUCUCGCCAUCUCUUACCUAUUAUUACCAAACGAAACUAACAACAUGCAUACAAAAAUGGUGUUGCAUUUAGUAACCGAAACUUUCAAACCACCCAUUUGUAACACUAAAGCGUAGCUUGUACUUAGGUUUUUGAUUAUCAUUUUGUUUUAUUGAAAGAAGAUUAGACAUUUUAAAGUGUGUAAAAAUUGAACGAAUCAGAUCUGACGAUUUCGUAUGAAACAGAACCCUCAUUUUGUGGCGCGCGUACCAUUAGAGUUAACGAAAGGACAUGAGGCACGUGAAUUCAAACCCAAAAAGCACGUGUUGUGUGUUAAAACAAGGGAUGUAUUGUGGUAACUGUUGAGACUUCACAAAAAAGACAGAGCUAGCCGGAGAGAAUGCGAUGACAACAGUUCAUUAUGUCUUCCGUGAUGGAAUUAUUAACAAAAAUAUUGAAGAAAAUGUGAGAAAUAGAAUGUAAAGAAACUCAUACAGAGUACACUCGGA